GAGAAGGAGAGAGUCCAAUCGAAAGAGAGAACGAGGAUGGGAGCCUGCUGUUCUAAAGCAGCCUCUGGGAAGAAAUGCAAAGGACAAAGCAGGCAGGCCUCAGCUUGUCACAAUGCACGGGUUGUGGAACAGGAAAGAGAUCGUCCACCAGAGGGCUCUACACUUGAUGGUAACCAACCUGAAGAACGCGCUGCGGGUGAUGGUAACGACCCUAAAGUGGGCGUUGCAGUUGAUGCUAACCAACCGACAGAAGGCGCGACACGUGAUGGUAACCAACCUACAGUGGGCGCUGCAGGUGAUGGUAACCAACCUACAGAGGAAUCUGCAGGUGAUGGUAACCAACAUACAUUGGGCGACACAGUUGGUGGCGACUGGCCAAUGGAGGGUACUACAGGUGAUGGUAAACAACCUACAGAGGGCAAUACAGGUGGCGGUAACGAACCUACAGUGGUCGCCGCACGUGGUGGCAACUGGUCAACAGAGGGCGCUACAGGUGAUGGUAACCAAUCUACAGACGGCGCUACAGGUGAUGGUAACCAACCUACAGAGGUCGUGACAGGGGAUGGCAACCUGCCAACGGAGGGCACUACAGGUGAUGGUAACCAACCUACAGAGGGCGCUACAGGUGACUGUAACGAACCUACAGUGGGCGCCGCACGUGGUGGCGACUGGCCAACAGAAGGCGCUACAGGUGAUGGUAACCAACCUACAGACGGCGCUACAGGUUAUGGUAACCAACCUACAGAGGUCGUGACAGGGGAUGGCAACCUGCCAACGGAGGGCACUACAGGUGAUCAUAACCAAGCUACAGAGGGCGCUACAGGUGAUGGUAACCAACCUACAGUGGGCCCCGCAGGUGGUGGCGACUGGCCAACAGAGGGCGCUACAGGUGAUGGUAACCAACCUACAGACGGCGCUACAGGUGAUGGUAACCAACCUACAGAGGGCGCUACAGGUGAUGGCAACCAACCUACAGAGGGCGCUACAGGUGAUGGUAACCGACCUACAGAGGGCGUUACACGUGAUAGCUACUCGCCAACAAAGGGCGCUGCAGGUGAUGGUGAGCGGCAGACAGUUGAGAAAAUCCACGAAUCCGCAAGCGCUGCAGAAACAGGUACGUAAAAUAUUUUGUGAUUUCCGAUCCCCGAGUUUCGAAUCAAUGACCAGACAAUCCAAUAAACAGUUAACCGAGGAAAUCCAGAAAUGAGUUACUCGAUAUUUCCCGAUCUUCCGACCCCGGACAGGGGAGAUGUUUGCAAAAGCGCCUUGUUUCUCUUCUGCCUCCCACUGUACGUAAAUAUAUAUUAGAAUCAGUAUGGAUUCCACUGGGAAUUGCGCUGACCCUCUACACAUCUCAGACUGUUCCAAUUGGAAUAAUUCCAAUUGUCACUGUAGCUCCCCUUGUC